CCGCCAGGGGGAAAAACACAAGCAAGCGACCGCCGCAACUCAACCGGCCGAAAGCGGCAACACAAAGGAAAAGCGCCCCAAAACUCGGUCGAUUUCCCCUCGCUUCCUCAACCAUCCAAGCCUCCCCUCCCGCAGCCAGGACAGGACAGCACAGGAGAGCGGCUUCCUCUGCCCGCACCCAUGGAGGCGCAGGAGAGCGGCGCUGGCUGGGACUUCCUCGAUUGGGUGGGCCCCGACACCUCAACCUGCGUCUUCCGCCUCCUCGACCACCCCACUGACCUCGCCCGCGCCGCCGCCGUCUCCCGCUCCUGGCGCCGAUUCGUUAUCGACAACGAAUUCUGCAAGAGCCUGUGCCUGCGGAUAUGCCCCGAGGUCGCCAACUUCACUCGCGCGGUCGAGGUGACCAGAUCGCCGCAGCCGCCCGCUGCUCACGCCUCCGAGUCCAGCCAUGACGCCGACCUCAGGAGCCGCGAGAGGGACCACAGGAUAUACUCCUACCUCAGCGGCGCCCUCGUCUCCAACAAGCCCUCCAUGGACUGCAUCCUACACUGCAUCGUCGCCUCCAGCACCGACAAUUUCCCGGACGAGAGCAUUGAGAACACGCUCGAGCCACAGGACCGGAUCAAUCAUCGCUCCUCCUACUGGUCCAGCGGCGGGGCGGACGACCCCGACCUUCCGGAGAGCUUGACCUACAGGCUCAAUUCUGAUCUCUGCAUAAUUGAUGAGAUCAGGAUACGACCGUUUAAAGCGUAUUUUCAGCCUGGCCAUCCUAUUUACUCUUCAAAGUCGGUACGAAUUCGGAUGGGCCGUUCCAAGCUUCCUCCCGGGUCAGAGUGUUUUGUCACGGAUGAGGAUGAGAACCUGAGGGCAGUCGCUGAUGAAAAUUACGUGUGGACGUACACGUCACCAGAGUUUCCUAUGCUGCAGAAAAAUGAGCUACAAACCUUCAAACUCCCGCGCCCAGUCCUUUGCAUUGGUGGUGUAGUGAAGAUUGAACUGCUGGGAAGGAUACAGAGACAAGCUAUAGAUAAUAGGUAUUACAUAUGUGUCUGCCAUGCCCAAGUGGUCGGACGCUCGCUUUCACCAGAUUUAAUGGUUGACAUCUCUGAUCCUGCUGGUUAUUCAAUUCUCAAGUAUCUGCCAGGUGCCAGUAAGUUGCGCGCAGAAGACAUACUCCCCGAUGAUGCUAGAGAAUCGUCGGAGUGGCACUCGCUUGUUGCUAGAUACAGGCAGAUGAGGCAUCUGGCGAUGAUGAACGUGCUGCUUGGACCUGUACAGUUUAUGGAUGAAGACGAUGUAGGUGGUGUCACAGAUGACGACCUGUACAUGUAGGCUUUGUUUGCUGGACUGCAGGGCUUUUACUGUCUAGAAGCAGUCUGUAACCUAAUUGAGAAAGAAGGUUGUUCUGAUGAGUAAAGUGCAAACAGUUGCCGUUACCAUCGUGAUUUUGCAACUCUGCUAUCUCGAUUGUGGUAAUAACAUAUGCUCCGCUCUUGGACUUUGGUUUUC